CAAAUCGAGCAAUGCAAUUGGUUAUUUCCUGUUCCUGUUGCCUGUGUCUCCGGCACAGUUAACCUUAAAAGUUUUUAUUUAUAAACACUACUGCUCAUACUCACACAUGAUAGAUUAGAAUAAUAAAUUAGAAAAUAAAAGUAAUUCUUGUGUUUAGUUAAAGUAUGUUAAGGUCAUUCGAAGAUAAGGUUAAAAACUCUUGCUAAGAAAGAAAAAAAUUUAAAGUUUGGUUGCUGUAUGAAGCUUGUUGCUGUAACAUCGUGCAAUAUACUUUAAUUAUGCGACAAAAUUAUAUUACAUUAUGUAGAGAUGUGAAUAUAAUUGAACAAUAAUUUCUCGUUAAAACAUUAUUUUUAUUAAAUUUAUUAAAAAUGCUGCACAGCACAUCGACUUUAUUGCCUCAGGACAUUUUGACUGAGGUUAGAAAAUUUAUUUCUGGUGCUGUCAGAUCUCACAAUACGAACACGCAAGAUGUGACACGCACGGCAUUAUUUUUAUUAAAAAACGUGCCUGCAACGAGGGAUGCCGUACUUGAAUACUUCUGCAGUGUAUUCUUCGUAGCAGUGACGAAAUAUGUUCGUCAAAUUGAAACUAAUCAAAACAUACCAAUACCUGAAGAGACCAUCAUAGCCGAAAUUUAUACCGUUUUAAGCAGUUUUAUAAAUGAGAAUCCAGAAGCGUGGGCACCUAUUAUCUCGUCUUGGUCAUUGGAAUUGCUUGGCAAAUUGUCGUCUGAUUAUUCGAAACGUGGUAAUUUGCCUAUUAAUGCUGGCAUAAAUGAUUUUUUACAACAGUGGAUGUCGUGUCGCACGACACGGACUCUGAUAGACAUCACGGCCCAAUGUUUGCAAUGCCUCAUGCAUUCAGACACUGAGUCUUGCAUCAAGGCACUGUUAGACACUAGCGUAUUGCAUAGCCCGUACUUUGAUUGGGUGGUUGCUCAUGUAGGAAGUUGUUUUCCAAAUACUGUGAUCACAAGAGUGCUGUCAUGUGGACUAAAAGAUUUUUGUGCUAUGGGUUACGAACAUAAUGUCAAAAAUCCAAAAUUGAACUCCGUCGUUGGUAUAUUGGGACAUUUAGCGAGUAGCCAUUUCCAGAAUAUUAAAAAAGCACUGCUGGAUCUAUUUGAGUGGAGUUUAAGUGAGGAUGUAAAUAUUGAGGAGGAUACGAAGAAGCAGAAAUUGGCUACAGUCCCGUUUCUCUUGAAUCUAGCGUCACUUUCGCAAACUCUUUUAAAGGCAAUAACGAGCGAUAUACUACAAACGCUAAGGCCAAGCGUUAUACCGCGUUUGGCAUUAUUCGCGGCAGAUUGGUGUAAAUACUUUGACAAUCAACCACAAGCGUUACUGAAUAUGACGGUACACUUGGCGCUAGGAUGUGAACAGGGUGCAACUCAAAUAAUAAAUAUACUGCUAGACAUGAGCCUGAAUACGAGUAACGUAGGCUAUCACAGCGUGAACGCAGCGCAGAAUGUGAAACAUGUUUGUCAGGAGAUACUAGAAUUGAUUUUGCAAGAAAUAGAUCUGUUAUUGCGAUCGCAGACUACUAAUAUCGCUCUGUUGAGCUCUAUCAAGCAGGAAAUGUCAUUGAUAGUGCCAAUGCUGCUAGAUCCUAAUCCUCUGCGCGUACAAACGGCCGUUAGAUUGCUGUGCUUUCUCAGAAGUCAAAGUCCAAACACAGUGAUCUCCACGGCGUCCUACAUGUUGGUGAAAGCACAAACGGCAUUUCAUCUCGCAGCCUUGAUACGACUUAUUACCAAUAACGUUGUAUCGUUUCCCCCGAAUAAAACCGGAGCAGAAAAUAAUUUCGCUAGUCCAGAUCACUUUACGCAAGUCCUGGAACAGGCGCUUAGAGAAAUACACUAUAAAAACGCUGUGGAUAUAUUGGAGUCGAGACAAUUAUUUAAAAAUCUUGCUACAUUAUUGAAGUGGGAAAAGACAAAUAAAGCAGCGGUAUUAAAAUCGAAGAUGAUCAUCAGAGCUCUGAAAUCUAAUUUACGUCAAAUAACUUCUUUGCUAAUGAGAACCAGUGAUUUCGACUUGGCGAAUGAUAUCUCUACUCUGUUGGAUUUAUUAAGCACUCCCGAGAAUGAUCACAUUUUCAACGUACAACUCACAUUGAAGCUAUCAAGAGCAGUCAUCCAAUAUUUUUUCUUGUGCAUUGCACAGACUGAUGUUGUGAAAAAGGAACGAGGAGUAAAAAUAGUAUGUCAUCUACUGAAGGAUUUAACAUGUCAUUCACCAUGCGCUCGUGUAUUGGCACUGAGAGAGAUACUAGAGAACAGUAUUGAUAACGAACAGGCAAAACAUUUCGGUGCGAAAGAAAAAUUCGAACUACGUUUCGAAGAGAUCCCAUUGUUGCAACAGAAUCAUAAACAGGUGACAAGCACAAUGUUAGCGCAGCGACACUCAUCAGUAUUCCAUGCUGGCGUGAUAGGACAUGGUCCACGGAGACCGCCGCCGGAAAAUGUAAUCGACAAAAAAACCAUUACUUUGAACAAGAUGUUAUUAAUAGAUGUCAUAAAAGCUUGUUGUAGUAAUCAAGAAUUAGACCGAUAUCCAGUUAACUUAGACGCCUUGACAAUGGUCAGUCUGUUAUUAGUUGAAUUGGUAUCCCCUGAUGUUAUGUACAAUGGUCUUCCGUGGCCUGACGAGGAAUUUACAAAGGUCACAAUAGAGAGAGACUUACAAAUUCGUCGUAGGUUUAAGGACGUGCCGCUAUUAUGGACAUUACUAGAAUUGACCGCCUGGUACAGGCCGGCAUUGGCGUAUUGUUCCGUUUUACUGAGAGGCAUCACCGCGACCGUCAUGGCUAACUGGAAUACCGAAGAAGGUGUCUCGCUUGUCAACGUAAUGGCACUCGGUCAAUUAUUACCACCGCCGUUAGCGAGUAUUAGAGAUAUUUUACCCGUUUUACAGCCACACCAGAUAAUCACGAUAAUGAGAGAAUGCGUGUGGACGUAUAUGCGCGAGAAUGUGCCAUCUCCGGCGCUAUUUACGCGAUGCGAAGGCGCGAACAUAGCCUGGAGAGAUAACGACAUAUCAAUGCCUAAUGCACGAUUUACAGAUACCCUUCGUUUGGUACUAUUAGCAAAUAUUCACACUCUGGGAACUCUGUACUCGACAUUAUUUUAUACUGAAAAUAAAUAAUUGGGUAGAGUGUAUCUCUCUUAUAAAUGAGAUUUAAAGUAAAACGGUUAUAAUUGUAUAUGAUUUAUAGAUAAUAUCAAAUUUGACUAUAUAAUAAACAAUAAUUUAAAAAUA